CACACUAAUACUGGGUGUGUGGCUCCAUCUGCUGGACAAACUCAUCAAGUACAUCUACAAGAAACGUCGGCGUUUCCAAUGUUAGUGAUGGAAGUUGAAACACCAACGUAUCGACCCCUGAUAUAUCUCUACGAUGACCCCCCAAGCAGUAGGGCAAAGAAAGACACCCUGCUCUGAUCUCUCUCCUUCUUCAGAUCUGAUACAGCCAACCUAGUGGCAUUCAGAUCCGCUGAUUGAACUGGGGAUAAAACACAUUCAAAGAGGAAGGAACAAGUCAAGUGCAAACGGCUACUGUAGACUAUUAUUCAAUCAAAAAACCAUAUUGUCUACAGUUGUCUACAGUUUGGACAGUUUUGUGACCAAUGAGCGCGUCCCAUUGUCUACAGUUCGGCCUGGCAGUACAUGGGAUUGACACGGCGCUCAAACUGUAGACAGCGGAUCCGCGGACAUUAUAAGCGAGACGAGCAUCAACAAACUUUUACAGCGAUUUGACAUCUGUCAAACUUUAUUGGCUAUCGGGACAUUUAACCCGUGUAUAAAAACCAACAGUCAAGUGAAGACGUUGUGCCCCAGCUUCGCCAACCGUGGAUUAUAUAGCAGGGGAGUCUGCCUUAGCACUUAACAACUUGAAGACACCUCACAUAAGCUAAAGAUGGAUCCUCUAAUGCCCACACUUUCCAUCCUGGACACCAGCACACCCAAAGACAGGCAGCAGUGUGUCCUUAGCAUGACCAAGGAGGCCAAGGACUUCCUGAAGGCACACGCUCGGGACAGUGAGACGGUGGACAGUAGGUUGAGGGACUCAGCCACAGCUUACAAAGAAGCUGUUAAGAAAUGCAAGCUGAUAACGCCCACUCCAACAGAGGCACACGUAUUAGGUCAGCUGGUGUGCACCUUUGGGAAAUAUACAAGCAAAAAUUUCAAGUGGCUGGUCGAGAACGACAUUGGCUACUGCAAAUACCUCAUCGACCGCCACAUGAAGGAGAUGAAGCACCCUGACAAGAAAAAGACCAUCAAUGACGAGUGGCUGAAGGAGCACUUUGUAAAAUAUGCGCACCUCUUCACCGCCGUCUCAUGUCACCUGGAGGUGAAUGUGGACCGGGCCAUCUAUGGGCAGGGGAGGUUCAAGUCCUUCACCCACCUGGAGAUGUGGCAGUGGUACAGCCUGCACAAGAAGCUCCUGGCAGAUCCUCAGGCUGGCAGCGAUGCUGAGAGGAAGCGGGCGCAGGAGGCCUAUACCUCUGUGAAGCAGUGGCUCAUCAUGAAGGAGGAUGACAUCAACUCCAAGGCCCUGAAGAGGUUCAGAAAAUACAUUCUGGACAAGGAGGUACGUGUGUAGGUUACCAUGUGUUUAAACGAAGGAUCCGGUGAUACAUAGGGACCCCGUCUCAUGGGAGUCAAUGUUAACUGUUAGCUUGGAGGUCAAAUUUGCACUGCAGUAGUCAGAGAACGGUUGAAAGUACAGGAGAAAGGUUAAACUAAAUUAUUUAACUAAUAAUGUAAAAAGGUGACAAGAGUGCGGCGCGGCACAACACGACACGACAGUGUGUGCACGAGAAGGCAGGUGCAUGUGUGUGGUGCGCAGUGGAUGGUCUUGUAUAACAGUCUCAAACUAGGGGGGAGAAGAUUUAGCUAAAAACAUCCUUAAAUUGUGAAUUUUGAGCAUACUCUAGCGGCCAAGGGACAGUGAAUAUGAGAACCGCCAACCAACUUUGUUACUCUAUUUAGCUGUAAUGUC